CAGGUAGCUAUGAAAAAGAGGCAAAUGGCAUUCAUGCUUAUGCAAAAUCAGGUCCAACGACCAAUUAACAUAGGUAAUGCUGGCAAUGAUGAGACAAAUUACUUAUUAAGAAACUUCGAUCUCAGCCUACCAUGGCAGCAACGUCAAGCAUCUACUUUUCCCUUUAAGACGGAACACCUUUCAACCAAAUGGUAUCCUAGCUACAUUAGUGAUCAUCAAAAAGUGUCACCACAACCAAUGUCUCUAGCGAUGGGGCAAGCGAAUAAUGCGCUCAUUGAUGAUAUGUUCCGAGAGUCACAAAGACCCGGAGAGCUAUUCAAUCAAGAAUUGUCAUUCGAGCACUUAUCGACCAGCGGUACUGUCAAUAGGGAGCCAUUACCAUCGUCGCAGCUGCCACCACCAUCAAAUACUGAGCAUUUCGCCAUGAAUCCUCUUAAUAAAAAUUUGAUAGGACUUCCAGCCACGAAACAGACAAAUCAAAAUCUAUCAAAUUUGUCAGAAACAAAAUUGAUCGAUACAACACCGAUGCCAACAACUAGGUUGUGUGACACAUCAUCAAUUAUGAUGGCUGAUGAUGAUCUAUGGCUUGAUAUGCAGCGCUUAGUCUCAAAAUUCUCCACGACUAAUGAUUGGAAAUUUGAAUCAAGUUCAUGGGAGAACACACCCACAUAGUAUUGGCAGAUCAAAG